ACGCGCUGAAUUGAUUUCUCGAAGAUGGGUACAAUCAGGGUUUUAUCGGUGAUAUUCUUGAUUCUGGUGGUCUUAAUAGGAGGAUCCGAUGCUUCGUCUCGAGGUCUACUGGCUGAUGAGAAGCCGAAUCCUGAUAAGGUUUCAACGUCUUCUACUACAAGCCCUCAAACAGUAGGUAAGGAAUUGAACCAGAAACCUCAGCAGGAUCCUGUAGGAUCCCAACCUGAUAUGAGUAGAAAGGAUGAGGGGGUGAAGGAGAGUAAAGGUCCUCAGAAUGAUGAAAGAGGCGAUGGGCAGAAAGAAAGCAAAGAAGCUCCGAAGAAUGAGGAGAAGAAAAAUGAUGAUAAAGUAAAAGAGAGCAAUGAUCCUUCAAAGAGUACAGAGAAUGCUAGAAAAGAUGAUGGGCCGAAAAAAAGUGAUGGUACAGGGAAUACGCAAAAUGAUGGUGGAGCUAAAGAUGGAGAAGGCUCUUCUGGAAACAAAGAAAUUAGGGGAAAGGAUGGCGGAAUGAAAGAGGGUGAGGGCACGUCGGAAAACAAAGAGAAUAAGAAAAAGGGCGAUGGAAUGAAAGAGGGUGGAAGCUCUUCGGAAAACAAAGAGAAUAUGAAAAAGGAUGACGGAACUAAAGCGGGAGAAGGCUCUUCGGAAAACAAAGAGAAUGUGAAAAAGGAUGAUGGAACGAAAGAGGGAGAGGGCUCUUCAGAAAGCAAAGAAAAUAUGAGAAAGGGUGAUGGAACUAAAGAGGGAGACGGCUCUUCAGAAAACAAAGAGAAUACAAAAAAGGAUGAUGGAACUAAAGAGGGAGAAGGAUCUUCAGAAAACAAAGAAAAUACGAAAAAGGAUGAUGGAAACAAAGAGGGAGGAGGCUCUUCUGGAAACAAAGAAAAUAUGAAAAAGGAUGAUGGAACGAAAGGGGGAGAAAGCUCUGAAAACAAAGAAAAUAGCAAAAAGGAUGGAGGAACAAAAGAGGGAGAAGACCCUUCUAAGAGCAAGGAGAACAGGAAAGAUGAUGCUGGGAAGGACGGAAGCAAGGGGCCUAAUGGAGAGGACAGUCAUAUAGAUAAUAAAUCUCAGUUGGACUUGUGUGAUGGUUCGUUGCAGAAAUGUCAGCAGCCAGAUUUGAUUGCUUGUCUUCAGAACUCUGAAACAGGACUUUCUAAAGAAUUGGUCAUGGUAGUCCAAAAUGUGGGGGACAAUACUCUCGAUGUGAAUAUUGCAGUUCCAAGCUCAGUCAGAGUUGAUUCCAAGUUGCUAAAUCUGGCUAAACACAGCGCUAAAAAAGUCAACAUCUCAACAGGAGACACCAAAACUCUAAGAAUAGUUUUGAAUGCCGGAAAAGGGGACUGCAUCAUUGAAGUUGGCAUCGAACCAUCCUUAUCUGAUUGGAUGCAACAGUUCCCAGUCUAUGCCAAACAAUUGAGUCCAAUAUACGGCGUCUAUUUCGUAUUCUUUGUCCUCCUUAUUGCUGCGGGAGUUUGGGGUUGCUGCAGGUUGAGGAGAGAAAAGAGAGCUGGUGACGGUGUACCAUAUCAACAACUUGAAAUGGGAGCACAGAGGCAUUCAAAUUCAGAAAUUAUUGAAGAGAGCACAAUUGAUGGUUGGGAGCAAGACUGGGAUAAUGACUGGGAUGAAGAGGAGGCACCAGCGAGGACUUUGGCUACAAGCCCUAAUGGAAAUAUUUCAUCUAAUGGCCUUUCAUCAAGGUCUGCCAAUAAAAAGAACGAUUGGGACGUUGAAUGGGAUGAUUAGCUAUUUUCCGGCUAGAAAGUUUGAAAAGGUUCGAGCAAAAUUUCAUCCUGCAAAAAACCCUUCACGCCUCUUUCCUUUGACGAAUGAAGCGAUAAGUUUUGGGAAAUAGGUUCAUUUAUUUUCCUUUCCCUUUUUUGGGUUUGGCUUGUAAAGAGAAACUUGUGGUUUGCUAAGCCAGCUGAGCUUUUAUACUGGAGUUACUUUCGGCAAAUGCUCACAUACCGCAGGGUUGUAGACUACUGUUGUUGAGACAGUUCACCGAUUACGUCCUUUACAAGAGGUUUCAAAGAAGCAUGAGUACAGAAAAUGUUGAUAUUUAUCGAUCACCGAUAUACACAACACUCCUGAUCAAAUAAGCGCAACACGGUGGUGGUAAGUUAUGAAGUGAAAUGUUACAUUGUGAUAGCACGAAUUCUCUGCCGCGUUGUAUUUUAAUUUUGUAGUUGUAUUACUUUACAUGAGAUCAUUUUGUUAAUAGGAGGUAGGAUGCAAUACGGAUUGUUCCUUUUUCUUUUCCUUUUUCAUGCUAAAAUAUUGCUAUCUUUUCCGA